AAUGGGUAAAAGCCCCAAAACUUGCGAAAAACAGGGCAAAGGAGUUAGGGCUACGGGAGACAGAUGGCGACCUUGAUAGAUAUGGCCUGGUUUCUCUAUAUGACAAAUUGAAAAUCUUUCGCCGUUCGGUGAUUUGAUGAUUGAUCAGAUGAGACGAGAGGCUGAAGAAAAACCAAAGCCUAAAACAGAGCCAGGCGUUCGCAACACGAACAGCUGGGAUGCACACCAACUGUUUGUUUUAUGUUCUCACCUUGUUUUAGUCUCAUUUUCAGUUUUACAGUAGAGGAUUUCGCUAGUUUUAAGGACCCCGUUGCUUGAUUUGAACCGUCAUAACAAAAGACAAAGUUAAUACAACAAUUCAUUUCUGAGAUUUUGAUUACAUCCUCCUUUUAGGUAUAUAAGGCAAAGAAAAAUUAAAGUGUAGGCUGGAUUCCAUUGUCUUGGUGUUAAAGCAACCUGUAGCUGUCUCUUUCUUCAGUACGUUUUCUAAGUCCAACCAUGUCUUACUCUUACAGCCCUUCAUAGUCCAGGAGGAAAAUAAGGCCAAUAAAUAAACACUUGUCCAAAAGUCACAUUUGAUAUGCUGUAUUAAUCUCUAGAAUUAGACAAAGUUAAAAGAAAAGAAAAGAAAAGAAAAGAAACAAAAUCAAUUCAUAAUUCCUGGACAUUGUAGCAGAAUGGAUGUGAAAGGCACAUCUUUUGUUCAUCAAGUAGAGGUGCGAAUUUGGAUUCUUCCUUAAAGCAACCCAACCCAGCGCCAAAGCUAAUUAAAAAUUGUCUUGAAAAAAAAAAGUUCUUUCUUUUAGUCCUUCUCUCUAACGAGACUUUCUCUGUUUUCAAUCUGUCUGAUAACAUAGGGAUCCUAAGAAAGAAAGAGGGCAUUUUGGUGAUUCCUCUGUUAAGUACUAAGAUUAAACUUAAUUUUUUGGGUUGAAUUUGGGUUUCUGAUUGCUUUACAGCUUUGUCUUUGUGGAGGGCUUUUCUUUUCUUUCUUCUUUUGGAAGUUACAAAAACUUGAGCAAUAAAAGCACUGUACUACUAAGCUAAGCCCACAAGAUUUUCCACAGUAUAUCCCAAACUUUCGUUUAUCUUAAACCUCAAAACUGGGUGAUUGAGUAAUUCAUUUCUUAUGGUCAGAGUUUUUUUUUUCCCCCUCUUUUUUUUGUUAUCACAUUUAUGAGUCACCACCAAAGCCCCAUAAAGAAAGAAUCUAAAAUUUGAAUGGGACAUGACAUGUUUCUUAAUUCUAGCAGAGAGAGAGAUGGACCGAAUGGUAAAGCAACUUAAAGAGAGCAAUGGGGUUGGCAAUGGCAGGAGAUGGCAUUGGUUUGAUGGAGAGGUCAAAAACUCUCGAAACGCAUUCCCACCAAAAGCUCAAUGGCUAAGAAGAAGAUUCUCCCAGGUCUUAAUUGGAAUGAAAAAGUGUUGUUUAGUUGGUGGCUAAUGGCUGGCUAUCUGAUCCAACGCAUUCAACGAGGUGCCAUUUUGAAAAAAAGGAGUUUCUUUAACACUUUAUUUUUGUUUUUCCUCCUUCUGAAGCAGUAAGCAGUAAGCAGUAAGCAGGCACCGAAUAAAAAGACUACAAAAUGGAGGGGGCGAAAAAAAAAGGCUUACACGAAGAAGCAAAGGCAAAGGCCUAAAGACUAAAGAGUAUGAUCCAUAUCCAUCCAAGUAACAAGGGGUUUUUAGUCAAAGGAUGAGCAGUAGAGUAAUAGGGAGAAACGGCGCCGUAUGAGGAGAGUUUAAUUAUAUAUAUAUAUUUGUUUUGGUGGCUGUAGCUGGCAAAUGGCUACAAGGGUGGUGUUUGGGAUGCGUAGGUCCAAGCAGUACAGAAGCUGCUGAAUAUAUGAAGUGACUAAAGGGACAGUUUGUCUUCCGUAUGUGUAAAUCUAAUUCAAGGUCUACAGAGGCUUCAUCAGACCAUUUAAUCACAUUAAUAUGGUGGAACCCACUUCAACAGACCCCACUAUUAGUCAAUAAUUUUGAAAGGGUACUUCACAUUUUGCUUAAGUGGGGUGGGGGUGCCAUUCAAGUCUUUAGAUUAUACAGAGAGCAAUGAGAGGCAUCCUCCAUCUCUCUUGUUGUAUUUAGUAUGCCAAGGAUUUGCAUGUUUAUAAAAUCAUGCCUUAAUUCCAAGAGCAUAAAAGAAGUAAAAAGGAAAAGGGUAGGUGGAGAGAGAGCGUAGGGUAAAGCAAAAGGAUGGUCUUUCUCACACACAGAUCCCUAUAGAAAUGCACCAAAGGCAAAGCCAUGCUAUGCCUCCCAACGCUCAUUCUAUUUGCUCCAUUUAUACCCCAUUUGCUUUCUUCAAACAAAGAGCAGGUUGUUUUGUUGGUAGUGUUGGCUAAUAGACUUUGAGUUGUAGAACUUUGGGUUUUUUGGUUUUCUUUAUAUGAAGGGUUAGACAUGUUUCUCUCUGCUGCUAGCAAACAAACAAAAUAUAUCCGGUUUCAAAGUGGGGGUGAAAUAAGGAUUUGUUGGAAUCAUUAGUUUUUUUUUUUCUUCCUCCAAUCAUUGAGAUUUUGCUCUAAAAUUUAGAGCAUUGUGUUGAAAAGAGGGGUAGAUUGAACUGAAGGUAGAGGGAAUUCCAUGAAUAAUGUUAAUGGCAACAACUGUAACUGGCUAGGUUUCUCUGUCUCCCCUAACGUUAACAUGGAGCUUUCUUCUUCCUCUGCUACUUCUGUCUCCCCUUCGAUUCCUGCAAAUCUUUUUCACUCUCCAUCUCAGUUUAACUAUGGCAUUUGCUAUGGUGUUGAUGGAGAACAUGGUGGAUUUUAUUCACCAUUGUCUGCCAUGCCACUAAAGUCAGAUGGCUCAAUUUGUUCAAUGGAAGCUCUCAGCAGGCAGCAUCCACAAGUGGUAAGUAGCUCUACUCCAAAACUAGAGGAUUUCUUUGGUGGUGCAACUAUGGGGUCCCAUCACUAUGAAAGCAAUGACAGGGAAGCUAUGGCUCUCAGCCUAGACAGCAUAUUUUGCCAUCAAAACCAAACUCACGAGUCCAACAACCAACCCUUUGCACAUUUCUCAUCCUUGAGAAGCCGUGAACUGAUGCUUCAAGACUCGAAGGUAAUCCUGCCUGAUGGGUGCAAUCUGCAGCAGCAGCAGCACCCAGCAGUAGCCCAGAGUGAUAUUUCUGGUUUGAAGAAUUGGGCUGUUCCUAGAAACUAUGCUGCCACUAACAAUGGUUCGUUCGAGCAGAAGAUGGUAAGUUGCAUGAGUGAAAAUGGUGGUGAUUCUGGUCCCAUUAAUGCCAUGGCUUAUGGAGAUUUACAGUCAUUGAGCUUGUCUAUGACUAUGAGCCCAAGCUCUCAGUCAAGCUGUGUCACAGCCACACAGCAUGUCUCACCUGCCAUGGCCGACUGUUCUGCCAUGGAUACAAAAAAAAGAGGCCAUGAGAAGGUUGAUCACAAGCAAAUUGUUCAUAGGAAGUCUUUAGAUACCUUUGGACAGAGAACCUCACAGUAUCGAGGGGUUACAAGGCACAGAUGGACGGGUAGGUAUGAAGCACAUUUAUGGGACAACAGUUGCAAGAAAGAAGGUCAAAGCAGGAAGGGAAGGCAAGUGUACCUUGGAGGUUAUGAUAUGGAAGAAAAAGCCGCUAGAGCUUAUGAUCUUGCUGCACUCAAGUAUUGGGGACCCUCCACUCACAUUAACUUUCCUUUGGAAAACUAUCAGAAAGAAUUAGAGGAAAUGAAAAACAUGAGUAGGCAGGAAUAUGUCGCUCACCUGAGAAGAAGAAGUAGCGGGUUCUCGAGAGGGGCCUCAAUAUACCGAGGAGUAACAAGACAUCAUCAACAUGGAAGAUGGCAGGCUCGUAUUGGCCGAGUUGCUGGUAACAAAGAUCUGUAUCUUGGGACAUUCAGUACUCAAGAGGAAGCAGCUGAGGCCUAUGACAUAGCAGCCAUUAAAUUUCGAGGAAUGAAUGCGGUUACUAAUUUUGAUAUUACGAGGUAUGACGUGGAGCGGAUCAUUGCCAGCAAUACCCUCCUUAGUGGUGAUCUAGCUAAGAGAAAGCAGCAGCCAGAGUUUGAUAAUGAAUCACUUAGACAAAGCCCUCAUACUCACAAUAGCAAUUCAGAAGCUAUGCCUCUGCCCUCACAGAGUAGUAGUCAAAGUGAAUCAGACUGGAAGAUGGCUCUUUAUCAGUCAUCACAGCAGCUCAUUCCGAAGCCACGAAUAUUGUCUGCGAUAAACGAUGAUGGAUCACAACUUGGAGUCGAAGAUUCAGCCAGAAUGGGAGCUCAUUUCUCCAAUCCAUCUUCAAUGGGGACUAGCUGCAGCUUGAGCAGCUCAAGGGAGGAGAGUCCAGACAAGACAAGCCUUUCGAUGGUGUUCGGAAUGCCUCAAUCGACAUCUAAACCAUUUACUGCUUCGGCUAGUAAUAUGAACUCCUCCUGGAUUGCAUCUGCCCAACAGUUAAGGGCAGCAAAUUGUAUGAGUCAGUUGCCAGUUUUUGCUGCCUGGACUGAUACUUAAGAACCAAAAAAAAAUCCAUUUGAUAUUUCCUGAUAUAGCUUAUUCCCAUGUUGAAAGAUCAAGAACUUCAACACUCCCAAAACCAUCCUUAUCAGGUAAAAGUUUUUGUGAGAAACAUUCUGAAAGAUGAGGAAUAUUUUAAACCAUAGACAAUUGAAGUUCAAA